AAGUCUCAUAUGGCAUAUAUUGCCGGGAAAUAUUAGAAAGCCGUCAUUCUUAGCCCUUGUCUUCUUCGGAGCAACAUACAUUACUUGUCUGGUGACUUCUCGUAUAGAUUUUGACGACAAAAAUAAAUUUCAGUAAAUCUUUACGAAUUUCGUUCCCUUAGGAAUACCCUAUGUCUCCUAUACCUUUCGACAGCACAUCUAGUCGCAGCGAUUACGACAUGGAUCGUUUACACGCCGCGUCUUCUCUUCUAUCACUCGGUAGUAAGUGUGACCUGUCACCGAUCACCAUAGAAACUCAGGAACCUGACUUCAACAAGGCCAUUGCAUCCGUCAUCUGGGCUCGACAUCAUCACUUUACUCCAUCCACCAUCUUCAAAUGUGGCGUCCCCAACUGUCCUCUUUGCCCUGCAGUGGAGACGUCCAAUACUCGCCUCCCUGUACAGGAAGAUUUUCAACGAAGUGAUCAGGUAGCAUCGAAGUCGUCCCGUCGAUCAUCCGUCGUCAACUGGCUAAUUUCGUCGUCAUCAUCGUCGUCGUCCGCGCCAACGGCUCCAGUGACCAGGACCUCUCCAGCGUUGUCGUCUCAUCUUGCAUCUGUCAAACGGUCAUGGCCAGCUCCGUCAUCACUCACUGGCUCAGUUUACUCGAACUCUGAUACCGAAGGUUCCCGAUCUUCUCCGACAAGCUCCAUGUCAUCUCCUAUGUACGUUCACGAACUCUCCGACAACACCCGAAGUUUUCCGACCGUUCCCACUCUAUUGUCGGACACCAAGGUGAUGCUGACGAAGCGACCACGAGUUCAGCCUUCAUCUAGCGCUCCAAUGGACAUCCAUUCUGAGAGACAGCUACCGUUCUCCUGCAAGUUCUGUCCCAAGCGAUUCGCUCAGGCUUCCAACUGUUCGGCUCAUCAACGAAUCCACACAGGAGCUCGUCCUUUCCAAUGUCCAUCCUGUCCCAAGUCGUUCGCUCAGAGGACGUCUCUUCGUACUCAUCUACGCACUCAUACUGGAGAUCGUCCCUACUCCUGUCAGGAUUGUCAACAACGAUUCGGGGAUCUUUCUACUUUGACCAAACAUCGUCGUACUCAUACCGGUGAACGUCCCUACCGCUGUCAUCAUGAAGGUUGUGAAAGAGCUUUCGCACAGUCUGGCAAUCUAAAGAGGCAUUACAAGACACAUCUUCUAGACAGGAAGCUGGAAAGUAUCACUGUUUGAAAGAAAAGACUGAAAGAAAGACUAUAUAAACUCUAAGAGAACAUAUACUUUGCAAUAUUUUGAUAAUUGCAAGGGUCAUUUUCAUUCAUGUAUGGUUAAUCACUGCCCAUCUGCUUGCGUACAGUGCCAAAGAAUUCUCAUUUAUAAUAAUUUAUAAUUUUGCAUAUUAUGAUUAUCUUGUAAUUAUUUUCUUUAUUGUAUUAAUGCAAUUAAACAUUAAUACCUAACUUGAAA